AUAUUAAAACCCAUGUACCAAGCAUUAGCCUGCCAACUUUAGCCCUUAUAGGUGGCUGGAGGAAUGCUGUCGCUUUGUUAGAGUUAUACUCUUUCCAUUUAGAUUGGUCAAAUAACACCGAGCACUAUGAAUUUAUUACCAUCCAAUCCCCACGGUAAUGGAUUACUUUAUUCUGGAUUUAACCAGGAUCACGGAUGUUUUGCAUGUGGAAUGGAAAAUGGAUUCAGGGUGUAUAACACAGACCCUCUUAAAGAAAAGGAAAAACAAGAGUUUCUUGAGGGAGGAAUCAGUCACGUGGAGAUGCUUUUUCGAUGCAAUUAUCUUGCGCUUGUUGGAGGAGGAAAAAAACCCAAGUACCCUCCCAAUAAAGUGAUGAUUUGGGAUGACCUGAAGAAAAAGACUGUGAUAGAGAUUGAGUUUUCCACUGAGGUCAAAGCUGUUAAGCUUCGACGUGACAGAAUUGUUGUGGUCCUGGAUUCCAUGAUUAAAGUCUUUACAUUUACUCAUAAUCCUCAUCAGCUACAUGUCUUUGAAACGUGCUAUAACCCUAAAGGUUUGUGUGUCUUGUGCCCAAACAGUAACAAUUCAUUGCUAGCAUUCCCAGCCACUCACUCUGGACAUGUUCAGAUAGUAGACCUGGCCAACACAGAGAAACCUCCUGUUGAUAUUCCUGCCCAUGAGGGUGCUCUGUGCUGCAUCGCUCUAAACCUUCAGGGCACGCGGAUAGCUACAGCAUCUGAAAAAGGGACCCUGAUCAGAAUAUUUGACACCUCAGCAGGUCAACUUAUUCAGGAGCUAAGAAGAGGAUCACAAACUGCCAACAUAUACUGCAUCAAUUUCAACCAGGAUGCAUCUCUUAUCUGUGUAUCAAGUGAUCAUGGAACAGUUCACAUAUUUGCUGCAGAGGAUCCAAAAAUGAACAAGCAAUCCAGCUUGGCAUCAGCCAGUUUCCUCCCCAAGUAUUUCAGCUCCAAAUGGAGUUUCUCCAAGUUCCAAGUCCCAUCUGGUUCACCCUGUGUCUGUGCCUUUGGAACAGAACCCAAUGCUGUUAUAGCUAUUUGUGCUGACGGCAGCUACUACAAGUUUCUGUUCAACCAAAAAGGGGAGUGCUCAAGGGAUGUUUAUGCACAGUUCUUGGAAAUGACAGACGAGAACAUCUGAGCAUAGACACUACUUCAUUUUAUGAGAUUCAGUUUAUUUCUUGACAUCUCCAAGCUUGAAGGAUGUCAGAGAACUCAAAUGGCAUUCAUAUGACAGACUCACUUUUUGGAGAUCACCAUGUAAUCGAUGUGGAGGAGAGAUCAAAAUAAACAUUAAAUUCUCUCUUGAUUCAAACCAAAAGAGACAUUUCUAUGAACAAGCAGAGAGCAGGUUAAAAAACUGUGACUACUCACUCAUUCUGUGGAGUGAGAAGAGGAAAACCUUUUUUUUUUUUUAAAGGACAACCAUUGUUUUUUUUGUUGUUGUUUUUUUUUUUUUAAAUCUCUUCUAUUGGAUUUUUAAAGGUUUGAAUGUCCUUGGAUAGAUAGCAAGAGAGAUCAUCUUUGUCCGCUAACAAAACCUAAUAUAGGGAGUGCCUGUGUAAUUAAGACGAGAGGUGGGUGUAUACAUGUAUAUAUUUACAAACUAUUUGGUAGUGUUAGAUAUUGUUUUACUCGCUCAAGUACACAAGUUACUGCAGAAAAUUAUGUAACUAUGUAGACAGUGUAUGGACUAGUAUAACAAAAACAACAUUUUAUGGUAUAAAUAUGUGCUCAUUUCAUGUACUGCAAUAUUCUUUAUUUUAGUUUUUUUGCAGGUAUUUGUUGGAAUUUAAGAGCUAUAUAAAUUUUUUGCUUCAGCCACUGUGCUAUCACAUUAGAAACACAAAAUAUAUACACAACAAAUUUGGCCAUGUGGAGGACUUAAGAAUUUGAUUGUCAUAAAAAGUCCACAUUUAAGCUCUUAAUUGUAGCAUAACUCUAAAACCCCAUGUUUUUGUGUGCAUACAGCAUCCCAAAUGAAUCGGGAAUUACUGUAAUAGUUUGGGUGUAAAUGGAAUACUAUUUUAAAGAAAUGUUCUGGGUUCAAUACAAGUUGAGCUCAAUCGACAGCAUUUGUGGCUUAAUGUUGAUUAAUACAAAACAUUAUUUUGACUUUAAAAAAAGCAAAAGUCUGGGUUUGUUGUUUGUUUGUUUUUAACGCCAUGCCAGCUUCUAUGGCUAUUUCCAAAAAUCUGGGUUACAGUGAGGCACUUACAAUGGAAGUGAACGGGGGCCAAUCCAUAAACAUUAAAAUAGUCACCGUUUCAAAAGUAUAGCCACAAGACAAACAAUAUAUGUGUUAAAGUGAUUUUAGUGUGAAUAAAUCACUUUUUAAACCAUUUUCUGUGUAAAGUUAUAUGACGAUACAAUGUCAACAAACCCUAAAAUGAAUGUAAAAAUGACAACUUUACAGGUAAAAUAAUACGUGAGUUUUAACAGAAGAAUUAAUGUAAGUGCUUUUAUAAGAUUAUAAGCUUCAGAUUUCUGUCUUUAAACCCUCCAAAUAUUGGCCCCAUUCACUUCCAUUGUAAGUGCCUCACUGUGACAGACAAGUGAAAAAAAUUUUUUGUGGUAAUCAACAUGCCACAAAUGAUGUCGAUUGAGCUGUAUUGAACCCGAAAUAUUUAACAAAGAACACAUUUAUGACUGAUUUAUUCUCUUGUUUAACAGCUAGAAUUAGCACUUAAUAUAGUAUGUCACAUUAAUAUUUCUUUGAAAGACUAAUGCACUAAAAUUCUACCAAAGUGCCCAGUCUUAUCACUAGAACAUUAAGUAUUUUUUAUUGUGUCUUAAUUCUUAUAACUGUUCUUUGAAAUAUAUCUGUAAGCUGUUUUGUUACUCUUUUGAUGCUUUUGUCAUUAAUAAUAUGCAAGUAAUUAUGCUUAUGAUUAAUUUCAUGAAUAUGGUGUUACAUAUGCUCUGAUUGUGUGGCCUGAGGGGAUGCCCACAGAAAUCAGUAUCAUGUGACAAAUUAAAAGAUGAUUGUACAAUAACG